AUGCCUCCUUCCUCUCAAUUGAAAUAUGGGCAAAUCAUCGAGUACAUCCCAGCAUCUUACACUACACCUCCUACGGCCGACACUCUCUUCCCUUACCCUGAGCAACAGAGCUCUCGACGAUCUCCGACGAAGCGGUCAGCAAGGGCUGCAGAUGGACCUUCAGUCGUUUCGGACAAAAGAGAACCACCACACUAUUUCACCGUCGAUGAUACACUCCUCUACAACGCCUUUCACCACGACUUUGGACCAUUACACAUUGGACAUCUCUAUAGAUUUGCAGUUCAAUUCCACGACAUCCUUGGCGCCCCGGAAAAUAAGAACAAACCUGUUGUAUUCUGGAGUAAAGCAGAUGCGCGUAGUCGAGCCAACGCUGCGUGUCUCUUAGCCACGUAUAUGGUCUUGAUCCAAUCAUGGGCACCCCAUCUCGCGCUUGCGCCAAUCGCUCAAGCAGACCCACCUUUGAUGCCUUUCCGCGAUGCAGGAUACAGUCAAGCAGAUUAUGGUAUUACAGUUCAAGAUGUUGUGUAUGGUGUCUGGCGCGCAAAGGAGCAAGGAUUUUGCGCUCUUCCGCAAUUCGAUCUCGAGGAGUAUGAAAGAUUCGAACGCGUGGACCAGGGUGAUUUCAAUUGGUUGACUCCCGACUUUCUUGCAUUUGCUUCCCCACAACACAACCCUGUGCAACCAAUACUUCCUUCUUCUCCACUAUAUGCGACUCUGCCAACAACUUUGGAAGACGUGGAUACUCACCCAACCUUGCCCACACCCUUCAAGAAUGUUUUGAAACAUUUCACAUCUCGGAACAUUGGUUUAGUAGUUCGUUUGAACUCGGAGUUAUACUCUCCAUCUUAUUUCACGGCGCUUGGUAUUGAACACUUGGAUAUGAUCUUCGACGAUGGCACGUGCCCACCACUUAGUAUUGUUCGAAAGUUCAUUACUUUAGCACAUGAGAUGAUCACUGUUCAGGAGAGGGGCAUUGCUGUGCAUUGUAAGGCUGGACUUGGACGAACAGGAUGUUUGAUUGGGGCAUACUUAAUCUACCGAUAUGGAUUCACUGCUAACGAGAUCAUCGCGUAUAUGCGCUUCAUGAGACCGGGAAUGGUUGUUGGCCCUCAACAACAUUGGCUCCAUCUUAACCAAGGAACCUUCCGAGAGUGGUGGAUCGAGGAACAGUUUGAAGUGAGAAUGAGGGAGAAGCUCGCCAACAUGGCUCCAAUCACACCCAAAAAGGGACAUUUCGCAACCAAAAGUCAAAUUGUCACUCCUCCAAAUGGCAAUCAAAGAACCCCACUUGGCGAAGUGGACAAUGAAAGAAGUCAUAGCAUCGGAACUCAGGAGGAUUACUUGCCAGCACCAACACCAGGUCAACCAAGAAAGACAGGCAGGGGUGACCGCCACCAUCCAUAUGGACGUCACGGUUCGGCAUACAGCUCUACAGAAGACGAUAAUACACAUUGCGAAACUGAAGUAAUCUCAAUACACAGAUCAUCGACUGAUGCUACCGAGUCUGAAGAGGAAUGGCAGCUCCGUAUGCGUACCAGCCGCAAAACAUCAAGGUCCCCAGCUCGGAGCGAGAGGUCAGGAAGAUCCAUAAGUCAGACCACUACGACAAUCUAUACAUCGAUAGAUGACAGUAGUUACGAUGUUGAAAAUAUCGGAACAGCAAAUCGACCUAAGACACCAUCUGCCAUCAAAUCUGGCAGUGGUUCACUUGGAAAGGUUCGAGGCAGCCCUAAGCGGAGUGGGGACAGUCUCCGCAAUAAAGAAACAUCUGGAGCAGUUCGCAAAACCAGUGGGAGAGUUGGGAGUGUCGGCACUCGCAAAGUCUCUGGCUUGUAA